AUGUUAGGUAUCGAGAUCAAAUCGCUUACUUUGACCCGCUCGUGCAUGUACUACACCAGUAAGAGCUUAGAGGAUGGAACCCAUCCCAACAUCCACAACCGUCAACAACCAGCCAAACCACAUCAGACCCCUCGAACAAAUCCCCCCUCAAACAAAUCCAGCUCCGCCACCGCCCACACCAACUACCUAGAUUACAAUCACUCACAUAGCUUCAGCACCUUGAAGAGAAAGUAUGCCACCCUCGUAUCCGACAUCACGAGCCCGAACCGGAAGCACAGCCCCGGCAAACGCCCCGUGCCCGACCCCGACCUCCGCGCCACAACCAUCCCCGAUGCCAACCGCAGGGAAGAGCAAGCAAGCCUCGUGGAUCGGCAUCGCCGUCACCACAUUCACUACCAUUCCAGAGAGGGUCAUACCCGCAAGGCUCAUCCUUGUUCCUUCACUCCUUGCCCUGUCAUUCCGGUGAAUGACGAAGCAAACGCAGCAACCGCAGUGCACGCAGCAUGCGCAGCACAGAAGUAUAGAUAUAAAUGCCACCUACCUCCUACCUACAAGUCCAGCUUUGCCUGAAUCCCACUUUAUGGUUACAACCCCAAGACAAAACUCAAGGCAACGGUACAAGCUCAACGCAACGGUUCAAGAGCAGUUCAUUUACUCUACUUUCCAACCUCAACUCCAUUCUCCUAGACCAAAGAACAGAGAAUCACAACGAUCGAGUCUUCACACAUACUACAAGCCUCAGCCCCCUCAGCUCUAGAAUCUCGCGAGAUACCGAUCGCAAUAGAAUCUCCUAACCACACUAUAAUCUUCAGCACCUUUUCCUAAGCGAAAUCACCGGAGACAGAACGAUGUGCUUCUCCUCUCGCAGCGACGAACGCCCCCCUCCGGCGCGGUAUUCCUCGUCGUAUAAUAUGUCGUCGAAGAAGAGCUCUUAUCCGCGACGACAUGCGGCGCAUGGGGUUUAUGUGGAUGGUGGUGGUGGGGAUUAUAGUGGUGGAGGACAUCAUGGAGGGGGGCAUCAUGGUGGAGGCGGACAUCAUGG